AUGGCCCAAGAUCCCCAACCCAUGACGCUCCAGCAGCGGAUUGCUGCAUUGAAUGCCUCCCAUAUCAGCCGCGUCCCUGGAGAUCCGCCUCCAACUCGGCCGAAGCCUCAACUUCCCCCACAAAGACCAACGAUAUCACACCGACAAAGAUCGAUCAACAAGCCUCCGGAACAUAUUAAUGGCUCAGUACCAGACACCACAAUUGGUAAUCUGCCCAACGGCACCAAAACUCCAAAGCUACCUCCGCCUCCCAUUGUACAUAAUGCGACAGACAGAUCAAAGCCCCCUCCUCCGCCACUACCAAAACGCCAGUCUUCUCAACCAUGCCCCCCCCUACCCCCUAGAUGUCCAACAGACCAGAUUUCGAGACGUGAUUCUCUGGAGUCUACCUCUUCUGUCGUUUCAAGACUAUCUGCUACGCCAACAGAGCUUUCAAGAUCGAAAUCAAGGGACUCCUCAUCUGGCAGGAUAAAGGCACCAGCUUGGGGUGAAGUUGAACUCCCACCCUUACCUAUCAAACAAGCCGGCCUGCCUCAACGGAAAUAUUCAGCCGAGAAACCCAAAUACCACAACAGAGCUCCUUCUGGACCAGCCAACGUUUCUCCUGAUAUAGAGAAGUCCAUAAAGGAAGAAAUAGAAGCGCCGCGUCCUUCGCUACCACCACGACUUCCAGCUCGGAGGCAGACAGUCCACUCUACCGACCUAUCUCUACAAUCCGGCCUGCCUCGGAAUGCACCUCCACUUCCGUCCGCUGCGGCUCUUGACAAAAUCAAACGCUCUGCAUCGUCAUUCGGGAUGACCAAGAGCGAACCUCCACCGUUACCAGCAGAUCGGCCUAUAACUAAUGGUGCUCCUCACCCUGACGUCGCUCCUGUAACCAACCAUCUACCAGCCAUUCCUAUCGCAUCUCGCCCAGACAUUUCUGCCAUACAGAGCUCUAAACCUCGCCCGGUUUCAAUGACCAACGGUACUCAUUCAAGCGCCACGUCUGGCACAGCAAUAUGCAUGGUGUGUCGCGACUUCUCUGCGCCGGACCAUCAUGCCACUCUCUUUCCACGUCAGACCGUCCAUUCGCUUCAGACGCUUGCACAACAAUUGACCUCUCCAUUUCCCUCUGCCACCGACAAGGCUCGCACAAUCUUCACCUGGCUCCACCACAACAUCCACUACGACACCAAGUCCUUCUUCGCCGGCAACGUUCAAGCCUCCACUCCUAACUCAACCCUUCAAUCUGGCCUGGCAGUCUGCGAAGGCUAUGCCUCCCUUUUCACCACCCUCGCCACACACGCUGGUCUCGAAAGCGUUGUCAUCGGUGGCCACGGCAAAGGCUAUGGCUACACUCCCCUGCCACCCGGCGCUGCACUUCCACCCUACAAUGCUGGCCAUGCCUGGAAUGCCGUGCGCAUCGACAAAGGCGAAUGGAAGCUGAUCGAUGCGUGCUGGGGCGCCGGUCACGUCCAGGGCGCUGGAAUGCCCUACGUGCAACGCUUCGAACCCCGCUACUUCACCAUGAGCAAUGAAGAAUUCGGCAUCAAGCACUUCCCCGGGGAUAAAAACAUGUUCUUCCUACCCGACGGACGGCGGAUGGAAUGGGAAGAGUAUAUCACCAUCAACCCGGCCUGCUGGCCCGGGACAACGGAACCGCCGACCAUUUUCUCCAACGCCCGACCGGAUUACGGCGUCGGGGAGAAGACGGUCAUGCCGAGGAGUAAGACCCUCCAACCGAGUCUGGGCGGUGUGAUCAGAUUCUCCUUUGAGCUCGAGUGUCCGCACUGGACGCUUGAGCGUCACACCCGGAAGGGACCGCCUCCUGUCUUCAUCCUGGCCGUUCAUGGCAUUGAUGGACGGGAGAAGGAUUUCUUGCCUCUGGAACACGUGCAUGGUCACAGCAACACUUCUGGAGGCGGUGGGGAUAAAUGGGUUGUGGAUGUCGAGGCCAGGCAGCUGGGGGCGCCGGGUCAGACCCUCACGCUGUUCGCGGUGAGUUCGUUUGGCGAGAGGCAGGAUGCCAGGGGAUUGAGUGUUCGCGAAUUCAAAGAGGGCAAGGGGAGGGUGGGCAUGGGCUUUAGUGGCGUGGCGGCUUGGGAGCUGGUUUGA